AUGUCUUAAAGAAAUAUUUAGGUUGCUUAUGAUCAUUCUCCUUAGAGAUAAAAGAGAAUAACUUAAUUUGUAAACAAAGGAAAUAAGGUCAGGAGAAAUAGAGAAUAGGAUAGACAUGAAAAAAGAAAUAGAAAAGAAGAAUCAGAAUCCUCAUCUUAGUCUUCUUCCAAAUCUUCUUCUAGGUCAUCUUCUUAAAAAUCUAGCUCAUCAUCUGGAGAGGAAGAAAAUAAUAAAAAUAAGAGAUAGUCAAGAAGGGACAUUUAAAAAGCAACUCAAGCAAGGAAAUCCGUUUAUCUACAGUAAGAAAAACUAAGAGAACUUUAGCAAAGAGAGAAAUAAGAAAAAACAAAGAUUAUGAUUAUGAAAAGUCAGAAAAAAAUCGAUAUGCAAGAAAACAAGAUUGAAGAUUUGUAGUAAGAAUUAGAAUACUAAAAGUAAAAUGUCGAUUAGCUCAAUAAAGAAAGGUAAAAACUAAAAUAGGAGACAUAAAAAAUUUAAAUGAUUGAGUAGCAAAAAAACCUAGUUUAAUCUAAUUAUGAAGCUCACAAACUUAAAGUAGAAACAGUAAAAAAGAAUUUUAUGAAGCGUUAAUAAACCCAAGUAGACAUCAAAGCAGAUAAUUUCAACAAGGCUCUGCACAAUGAUCAAUCAAAAGUAAGGGAAGUGGGAAACACCAUUCUUUUUAUUUUUAAUUAGCUAUUCUUUGCUUUGUCAAAUAAUUACUUUUUAAGCAAAUAUGUCUAUUAGAUAGCUAAUUCGUAUGGUGCAAAAAGUGAAGUUUUCUUCAGUAAAAAUGCAUUUCUAUUCAACAAUUACCUCUUUUCUGUGCUCAUAUUUAUUCCCUUUUAUGUAGAAUACUUUAUUAACACUAAAAUAAGUGGAAUAGAUUCAUUCUUUUUACAUAAUUAUGCCUAUUCAACUCACUCCUAUGUUUCUGUCAGCCUAGCAAUCUUUUUUUUAUUUUAAUUAAUUGUUGGUAUCUACAAGUACAACGACAUUAAAAAAAAAGAAGUUGGAUAAGAGGCAAAGAAAAGCAAGAAAAUUAUUAAUUUUAGGAUAGUAUUUGGGGAUUGGAAUUGGAAAAUAAGAGAAAGAGAUUCUAUUUAAAAAAAUCAAAUAUCAUUGACAAAAAGAGUUUUAUAGUAUUAUUCUGAUAAGGAUUCUCAUUAUAAAAAAUACAUGGACUAAAACGCUGGAUUAAUUUAAAAGCUGAUUUUUAGAUUUUUGAUAGUUGGUUUAAUUAUUUCAAGUAUUGUGCCAGUCAUCAUUAUUCAUUAAAAAGACAUUUUCUUUGAUUUGGUUGAUAUAAAAUUUAUUAGUGAAAUAAUUAAUGGCUUAAUAAUUGCUUGCAUAAGUAAAAUGGUCUACAUGAUCAUUAUUCCACUUAAUAAAUUUGAAGGUUUGGCAAACCAAGAUUCAAGAACGAAAUUAUUAUAUUUAAAAAAAUUCUUCUCAGAAAUCUUUCCGAUAUUGGCUAGUAUUUUGAUGAGCUACAGUGUUAUCCUUGAGAAUGAUACUUAUAUUUUUUACAUUGGAAUAUUAACAAACAAUAUAUCCUAUGAUUACACUAAAUAUGUCUGUAGAGAAAGUUAGGUUGCUUACUAAUUGUUUGGAUUGCUAAUCGGCCAUUUUAUAAUAAGCAUAGUAUUUCAAUAUAUUCCUUCUAUAUUGAACUCGAUAAUGAAAAGUGGAUCUAAAAGUAAGUUUGAACAAAGCAUACAAUUUGAUACUAUUGAUGCCAGCAUUUCUCUCUUGGUUUCGAAUACUAUUUUCUUGGCACUAUUGCCAUUUUCCUUUUUUUCUAUAUUUGCAUUUUUGGUUAUUUUGCUGUUAAACUUUUUAAACGAAUGGCUAAUUUAACAGAAAAUUACUCUUCCUUAAUUCUCAGGUCUUUCAAGUACUCACUUAAAAGGAUUUGUUAGCUUUUUCUAUAAUACUACUUUACUUUUUUGUUUUUGCUAUUAUUCUUUCUUCUUUGUUAGAACUUUUACUCCUAUUUAUCAUUUUGAUAAUAAUACGAUGUAUUGUAAUCCUUUUAUGGGGUAGACUACUUCGUUGGCAAAUAGAUUUAGGUAGUACCUUUAUGAUACUUAAGUGAUAGGAGUCGCGUAUGAUAUUUUAACUUGGCUACCAUUGAUUUAUGGAUUAUUCAUUAUAUACUUGGUGGCUUACCUGGUCUCAUAAAAUUAAAAAAGAGUUUGGGAGUUUGAGUUUUAAAAGAAAUUAAAGGAAUUAUCUGGCAUAAAACAAUAUUACGAAUCAAGGAUAAAUAGGCUUGAAAAAAGAAUUGAUGAUGCAAAUAAAAUUUUAGAAGAAGACGCAUUCUUAACUUAGGAAAAUGAUGAUUACAACAUUAACAAUGGUACUACUAAUAUUCCUCAUUCUAGAAUACCACAAAAGCCUUAAUUAAGUAGUACUUUAGCUUUUUUAGACCAAGAAGAUCAGAACAUCAGACAAGGAUCUGAGACAAGCAUAAAGCUACACAGCCUAUCAAAGAUGAAUCGAUUUGGAAAUCCUUCAUAAUCUCAUAUAGCUCCUACUGCUUCUUCCAAAUUAUUAAAUCAAUAUCUAACAACUGAUGGUAAAGAUGCUGAUGCAUCUUCUAAAGAAAAUAUUAAUUAAGAUUUAAAUCUUAAAAAAAACAAUUUAGGUAGACCAAAAAACUUUUUUUGA